AUGUGUUUGUCAACACUAUAUUGAUUUUCUAUUGAUCUUGUUUUAUAAGUAAUUUGAAUUAAAUAAGUGUUAAAAUAUAAUUAUAUCGAAUAUUUAGAAAAUUAAUAAUAACUUAUUCUAAUAUAACGUUCCAGUGGUAGUAUAUAAGAUUCCAUUAACAUAAUAUUUCCAUAGCAUUGAAUCAAUGCAAAUCCAUUCCUUGUAUUGUAAUAUAUUUCUGUGAAUCAGUAUAAAAACCUUUCAAUUGUUAUAGAUAUGGAUUGUUAAACUCCGUAAGUGUUAUAGAAAUAGUGACUGUGCUUAGUGAGUACGAACCGAAUCACAUUUCAAACGCAAAAGAAAAAUCAAUAAUGCAGCUGAAGUCAUUAGCCGCAUUAACGUCAUAUACAUGUGACGAAAGUAAUUAUUGAACGCUUAAAAUGUGCCUCUACACUUUUGUGCUACAAAAUUAUUAAUCAAGAACAUGGAAGGUCUACUUUCACAGAGAUUAUCACCACUUUUAAAGUGUGUCAUUUUAUUUCUAUUUAUUUUCACGGCCAAGGUUCUCACGUCUCGUCCUCAAGAAUCGGUAGAUAAUAGAAAUAGUAUUCAUCACCAAAAACCUUCUCAUUAUGUUCGGACUUUUACUAAAUAUCAUCAUAGAAGGACUAUACAAUGGAAUAAUAUGGACUCAUACUGGUAUGAUCAUCCAAAAGUAGUCCAAAAGCGGAGUGUUCCAAAUUCUAAAGAGAUGCCUGAAUUAAAUCAGUUGGUUUCUGACUCUGUGAGGGGAAACAUCAUUGGAGCUGCUGAUAAAAAUGAAAUGUCAAAUGAAAUUAUUAAAACUGAGCCAAAAAUAUUAACAACAACCAGUCCUAAGUCUCAACCUGGAAUUACAUGUCUAUAUAAAAUAGACAAUCUUGCAUUGAGUGUGACACCAUCUUAUCAUGAUGAUAAACAAACUCAGUUGGUAGUUGAGAAUGAAAUUUUUGAUAUUGGCAAAUUAUCAAAGGUAACACUACCAGAUGGAGAAAUAGCACAAAUUGAGCAGUGUAAUGACACUAAAGCAUAUUGCUAUACUCUAUGGCAGCAAGAUAAUGAGGGGAAUAUUACUGUGCUAGGUCAAGGAUGUUGGCGUUCGUCCCAAAGUAGUAAGCGCAACAAUUGCGACAAAUGCACACCAGUCACAGCACGUCUGCCGGGUACAAAGUUUUGUUGCUGCACCAAGAGUAACUGCAACGCUGACUACACAUCACUACGUGUGGAAACAGUCACAAUUAAAGCUGAAUCUACAAUGGAAACAACGCAUCCGAACUACUCUAACGCUGUGGCAGCUGGCAUUUUGGUGUUAGUGGCCAUAUUGUUAAUGGCCAUAGUGUUUAGAAAAGUUUAUUACAAGAGAAUCGAACUUGAUAAGGAUGAUUUAAGUGAUGGCACCGAUUUGGAGAAGUGUGAUGUCAUGGGCAGUGGACCUGACGCGUUGGCAACUGGUUUGUUGUGUGUCGACAAUCUCACACCUAUUGAACAUAUUGGUCAAGGAAAAUUCGGAUCUGUAUGGCGAGGCAGCCUCGGUUCGACUCCAGUCGCGGUUAAAUUGUACACAAGUCCCACUGCCUGGCAUAAGGAGGCCACCGUGUAUGCCAUACCUCAUUUGGCUCAUCCAAAUAUAUUGAGAUAUUACGGGAGUGACAGCCGGCCAUCCCUCACAGAGGGCAGUCCACGAUCGCAUUUGCUCGUGCUGGAGCUAUGCCCUAUGUCUUUGCGUGCUAGGUUGCAGGAAGCACCUGUGACGUGGUUGGAGUUCGCAACAUUGGCACACGGACUUGCAUCUGCGCUUGCGCAUCUACAUACACCUUGUGGCAGCAAGCCGUGUAUAGUCCAUAGAGAUGUGAAUAGCGGCAAUGUGCUGGUGGCCAAUGAUGGCACGGCCAGACUCGCUGACCUGGGAUUGGCUCAACCGUUGACGCCGCGAAUUGAUAAUACAGCUCCUACCAGGAUUACUGAGGCUGGUACGCUGCGCUACCUGUCCCCAGAGGCGCUAGAGGGUGCUUUAGAUUUGAGCGGCGCACGCGCAGCCCUUUGCGCAGUGGACGUGUUUGCCCUGGGCCUUGUUAUAUGGGAGAUGUUGUGGCGUUGUAGUGGUGCCCAUAGCACGGUUCAAUGUUACGCACAGCCCUAUCACCAACAUGGAUUGCCACAGAGGCCUACGUUGGCGCAAAUGCAGACUCUGGUGUGCCGUAACAAGGCAAGGCCGCCAUUACCUCGUGGGCCUGUCGCUGAGACGCGAGCUCUGAAAAUUGCAAAUGACACUUGCGAUGAAUGCUGGGAUCAUGAUGCUGAAGCUAGAUUAACAGCGGUAUGCGUGGAAGAGCGAAUGGCUGAAUUGAAACUGAUGUUACUUAUGCAAGGUCCAAUUAUGCACGAAAACAAUAUACAUCCGCAUUCACCAGAAAAUAACCUACCAAAUGAGAUCGAGAAAAACACAAAUUGUGUACAAAUUAAUGGUGACGUCACUACGCCCCUUUUAUACCCACACAUAGGUCGGAACGCGUGUAUUGAACGCAAUACAAACACACAGACACACACCGUUGAACUCAUACAUAAAAGUCUCAAAGAUAUCACAGAACCUAGGAGACAAACGGAAAACUGCCUUUCAGUAGCUAGAAUAAGCCAUAAUAGAUUUCAAUCGCAAGAAAAUUCAGAUAGAUUAAACGAAAUCAGGUCCUACCAAAGACCCUUGGACUACGUCCAAAAUGAUGUGAAUGCACCCGAAGAGAAAGCACUCAAACAGACCAACUUGUUACAAGAACAUAAAGACAAAAGGUGGGGAUUCAAAAAGUUUUUUGAAAAGAAAAAACCUAAAGAGACAGAGGUCAAGUAUACAGAUAAUGUAACGCAACGAACCAGAACAACGGUAGUCGAAAAGCCGAGUAAUCUAAGUUUUGAUAGACCCAAUAACUUAGGAAUCCAUGAUACGCUAUAUAAUUUUGAAGCACCGUGUACACUGUCACCUCCUAAUAAAACACUUUCGCCAACAAUGCUAAUGGAAUCGGAAAUGAACACUGCGUUUAGAGAACUUCCAUCGCAACACAACACUGAAAGAAAUCAAAUUUUCGCCGUAAUUGUACCUAAAGUCAAAACAAACUUAACGCAAAAUAAAUCAAAAAGCAGCUCAGAAAGUCUGAACAAAAGAUCGAUAAGAACAUCCAUGUCUUCACAAAGCAUGAAAGCUGGACAUUCCGAAUCCGAAGAUUCGACGUUAAAAAAGCGAUUGAGUUGCGACAAUCGAAUUAUAACCAAUUCGAAUAGCGCCGGAUCGUCGCGUGCUUCAAUCAAUUUGGAACUACAAUACUUACCUAAUCAAACUGAGAAUUUUAACGGCGACAGCCCUUUUGACCUGAAUUCGGACUGCUCGAGCAGCGAAGACGAACAUUUGAUGCUUUUAUCAGAAAACGAUGGCGCCAAAAUAACAAUCCAAACAAUACAAAAACCAAUAGAAGAAAAAAAGAGCAAAUACCAAAAUGACGUAUUAAAAGAAGCGACGCAAACAAAAACAGACUUCACAUUCAACAAAUUCCAAAAUAAAUAUACAGCCUUCGACAAUGAAUUUAGUGACCCAAACGAUAAAGAGAACCUGGUGAACGGGUACAGCGGCGACAAUCCAGUAUACUUGGCGGCUUUUAACGGCGAAUUAGACACGAACGAUUUAAAAAUAAUAGACGAGAGUCAAAAAUCACCAAAACCGUCCCUAAAAUCGUUGUCCAUUAAGCGGCAACACUCUUUAGAGCAGGUAAAUGAAAUAUUUUCUUCGUCUGGUGAUUUGCAUCUGCAAAAUCCGGCUGGAAGGGUUAAAACACCUGGAGAUUUACCGGUGGCUAUUCGCAGGGCGAGACGAGAUAGGGCGCUUCAAAAGGGUAGGUCUAACGAAAGCAAUCGAUUGAGUUUGUACGACGAUAGAAUGAUGUUUGGGAACAGUCUUUAAUUAUUUUAAAAACAUUCGAGAAUUUAACAUUUUUGCCAAAUGUAAUUUUUGUUUUCGUAUAGAGAAUAUCCUGCGCCAUUAUAAUAAUUCUCAUCGAUUUGGAGAACACAAAUUUUCCGUAUUAUUUAGUUUUGGCGAGGUUAUUAAAAACAAUUGGUCUAUAUUUAUAUGUAGAACAUAUAAUUUAUAUAUUUUUCGGAGUUAGGUCAACUGGUUUUUUUUUUAAUCAAUUGCGAUUGUUUUUAGUAAAUGUGUUUAGCAUUUGAAGUUUUAUAAAUCGAAUAUAUUUAAAAAUUGGAAUUAAUUUGUGUUUGACACAUUACGGCUCGUAUUCCAAAACCUAUCUCAGGUUGGUCUUGAAAACUGCGUAAACACAGCUCAGUCUCGAGACUUAGUUUUAACUGCAAAAAAACGUGCUAUCAUACUUUCAGUUUACGCUUUCGUAACGUAUAUAUGUUGUAUGAAAAAGGAAGAUGUAUAACCAUAGAUAAAAUCGACUGAAGCGUCACAAAAUGGCGGACCCGAACGACUUAUAGGUACUCGUAUCUGUCAAAAUUGACGUGUGUACUUUUUAAAUUCGAUGACAUUUGACACUGAAUUGGACGAACAAAUGUGUAAAUAAAUGUGAUUUAUCGUUUAAAUCUAAUUAUGAAUCUUUUUCAGUAUUUUGACGUCAAAAAAGUAUUUAUCAAUUGUUAUAUGAUAAUACAUCAACCUCUCAUUUAUUGUAUUACAAUUUCGUAAACGGUAACGUGUAUAUAUAUUUAUAUAUAUGUGCAGAAGUAAAACCUUGUAAAUGUUGGCACGUUUCGCUUGAUUCCGAAUGUGUGGAUUACAGACGCCGUCGACCAAUCAGAAUCAAGCGAUCAUUUCAUCUUUUGUUUUGUAUUCGCUAACAAUGUCCAUUCCAAUAUAAAGUAUUCAUAAUGUUACAAAUGUAUCAAUUAAGAAUAAACAGGUUAUUGUCGCACUUAUUCUGAUCCUUGGAUCCAUGUUGACUGACUGUUAAACUGUUCGUUUUAACCGCGCUUAAUCAACAUUGACCGUUUACGCAAAUGUUAAAACUACUUGAAAGAUUAAUAUAGCUCAGUGAUUCCCAACCUUUUUUGUGCCAUGACCCCCUAGCCUUACUAAAAUUCAUAGGCCCCCCUCUACCUAUUCAACAUACAUAACUUUAAAAAAAAACAAACUCUUCCAAUUAUAUUUCUCCUUUUUAGUAAGAAAUUA